CUUUUCUACAAAACUGCCUUUAAACGUUAAAGAGUCCUGGGUAUUUCAACCAACAAUGAAAAGGUGACACUGGCUUAAUCUACUCGGACGAAGGAAUUUACUAACGACAAGCAGAGAUGCCUGCAUCAUGCCAGCCAUAUCGGCUGGUCAAUCCAGAUGACCAUCAACUGGCCAUUAAAUUGACCAGUGCCGGCCUGGGGGCAUGCAGUGCUGACCUGAUCACCUAUCCACUGGACAUGGCUAAAGUCCGCCUGCAGGUCAGCAAUUCAGUUGGGCCGCGUUUAUUUCCGGAGGUGAUGGAAAUGCUGAUCAACGGUGACUAUGUCCGCCGAUCCACUUUGUUUACACCAUCGCUUGGCAUGAUGGGAACGUUAAACCUGAUCAGUAGAAGGGAAGGUAUCCAGGGAAUAUACGCUGGGCUUACAGCAGGACUCCAGAGACAGCUCUGCUUUUCUUCAAUCAGGAUUGGGUUUUACGAUGAUGUGAAACUCAGAUACCAGAAGCUUUUUGGUCAAGACCUUGAGGAGAAACCAAAUGUCCUGAUUCGUAUCCUGUCCGGUAUGACUACGGGGUCCAUAUCUGUUACCGUUGCCCAGCCAACAGAGGUGGUGAAGAUACGUAUGCAGGUGGUCGGGGCGGGGAUGGGGAGCAUGCCUGGCGGGACAAUGAGGGCUUACUUGGACAUCGCCCGAAAGGACGGCUUCAGGGGUCUUUGGAGAGGGUAUGUACCAAAUGUCAUUCGAAACACAAUCACCGGAGUAUGUGAACUAGUCACCUAUGACCUCAUUAAAGAAAAGAUACUAAGCAUGAACUUGAUGACUGAUAGCUUUCCGUGUCAUGUAGUCAGUGGGUUCAGCGCAGGCUUUGUGGCGACGGUGGUAGCCUCUCCCGUUGACGUUGUGAAGACGCGCUACAUCAGCAACCCGGGCCAAUACACUAAUGUGCUGCAGUGUGCCAGGCUGCUUGUCAAGGAGUGUGGGCUUGGAUCUCUAUAUAAAGGAUUCUUGCCAUCAUUUCUUCGGUUUGGUUCCUGGAACAUUCUGACGUUCGUGUGCUAUGAACAGCUCCUGAGAUUUUUUUCGGGUAAACAGAGGCAGUGAAAAGAUAGUGAUAUUGAUUAGAAAGUGCAUACUUAGUGUUCCAGUAUAUGAGUCGUGACCCAUGAUUUUGGGCCUUUGGACAUGAUUCUUGCAAUUGGAAUAGUCAGUGGUUGUUAAAUAUAUCAUUUAUAAUUACAAUGCUUGCAAUUUUGUAAAUCUUUUGCCUUUUUUCAAAAUAUAAGCUUCAAAUUUUUAGUAAAGAGAAUUUCAAGAUGUGUUGAAAUAUAAAAUAUAGCAAGAAAAGCAAUUUGCAUGUCAAAAGGCCUUAAAUUAUGUGUUAUGUCUCAUCAUUUUUAGAUUGAAAUGUAGUAGGAGAAGCGUUCAGUAUUGUAUACACAUACUGUAGUCAUUGUUUUCAGGAAACAGUAUUGAUCAAAUGUGAUUGUCUAAGAGAUUAUCUUAUAUUAUCAAAAGUCCUAUAUUACUGUAUCCAGUGAACAAAUAUGCUCAUCAUUUUAUAGGACAGUUGGUAAUAGCAUUAAACUUCUAUGCCUGGGUGAUAGUCAUAAAACUUCUUAAGUCUUUUCCUAUUUUAAGUCAUUUUCCUUAGUCAAGUAUCUCAAAGUCACUGAUCAUAUAUUACUGAUAUAUCUUAAAGAUAUAAUAGUUUAAAAAUAUCUGAAAUACUUCAUCGACAUUAAUCUCAUUGAAUAUCCGUACUUUUAAUCUUUCCUUUUGAUUUGACUUAAGUUAAGUAUGAUGUAUCUUAAAGAUAUAAUAGUUUAAAAAUAUCUGAAAUACUUCAUCGACAUUAAUCUCAUUGAAUAUCCGUACUUUUAAUCUUUCCUUUUGAUUUGACUUUGAAAAAUUUAAGAAAUCGACUCAAGUUAAGAAAUGACUUGAGGUAGACUAAGAUAUUGUAUGAAUACCGGCCCUGGUGACCCUAUGUAAAUUAAGUAUCAUUUAAAGGGGUUCUAACUUAAAGGGCCUGUGUCACAGAUUGGCACCAAAAAAAGUUUUUUUCUGUAACGAAUCUCAGGACAAUUAUCUAAUAGAAUGUGUUACGCUUUAAUAUCAUAAUUGUAAAAAAAGUACCAAAAUAUAAAAAAAAAAUUGUGUCGGAGACCGGGUUCGAACCCGCGUUGCCAAAUUUGAAGUCCAGCGUCUUACUCACUGAGCUACAAAGACUUAUUCUAACUGGGUGACAUAAUAAAGCUAUACACCUACCUCAGUAAUAUCACGUGAUAACACCGACUAGCCAAGCAUGCAUAAGGAAUGAAUUCUACCUGGUAGACAUACCCAGUAAUCUUUUUUAAUGGAAAAAUACGAAAUAACUGCUAAACUUAAAUAAAUUGUAAACUAUGUGGUACCUCAGUUAGUAAGUUUCAAUGCAUUGUACACAUCGAUACCAAGUUUAUGUCAGUUUCGACAAUUUUUUUUUUUCGCUAUUUUAUCAAAAACAGUAAGUAGUACCUUGAAAUGAAUAUCAAGGACUUUGGGAACAAUUUCAAAAGGGGUCUAACUUGUAAAGUCUAAGUCCCUUAACACUGCUUUGGGCAUGAAUCCGUCAUACUCAAGCAGGCCCCUGGCUAUUUUUUUAGGAUUGACAGUAACGAGCUGUUAGAAUCUCUGGGUUUUGCAAAACAAAUACUAAUUAACAAAACUAUUAACAGGAAAAAACAUUAUUAAAAAAAUUACUGCAGUUGGUACAUGUAUUUAUGUUAUGUUCAUCUGAAAUUGGACGUGAAAAUGACCUAUUUUACAAUCUUCAAAGCCAAAAAAAGCGUUCCUACUCAUAAACCCCUUUCAAAUGAUUCCAAAAUAAUACAAGGUCACCAGACAUACACAAUUCACAUACGUGGACAUUCACUAUAGCCUUAACCUGCCAUUGGACUGUUUACAUUGUUCAAAGAAUUGAUAUUAUGGUCUUCAUUAAAGCUGCUUUUAUUCACUGCAAUGCAAACCAAUAAGACCAUGUUGUUUCAUAAAUAGAUUUAUUUUUUUGACAAACGAUCAAUUUUGAGAUUCCACUUUUAGUGCCAAUAAUGAUUUCAUGACACAUUUCGUAACUUAUUAAGUUAUAGAUAAUAUAUAUUGCCUCGGGUAGUUUGUGUGUAUGAGCUGUACCGUAUUUAACUGGAAAAUUGCCAUAUCAUUUGAUAGAAUAGCGCUCUCUUUAAAUUAAGUUUUUGUAUGAAAGAUUUACAUGCACAAGGGUUGUCACAAAAAUUCAUGAACAGUGUUUAAAACUGACUUGAAUCUAAUCUGUUUGAUAUAUAUUUUGGAUGUGAUCUGACAUAUAAGAUUUGGAUGAGAUGUGACAUAUAUAUUUUGAAUGUGACAUAUGUAUUUCGGAUGUGACAUAUAUGUUUUGGAUGAGAUUGGACAUAUAAAAUUUGGAUGAGAUUGGACAUAUAAAACUUGGAUGAGAUUGGACAUAUAAAAUUUGGAUGCGAUCAGAUGUGACUUAUCGAUUUUAGUUGAGAUGUGACCCAAUUCUUGUUUUUCAGAUUUAGAAGCUUUAACAAUACUGGGUAUGCUUCCUUAACCAUGUAAAAUAACUCUAAAUAACAACACAAAAGAAAAAUAUGUUUGUGCAUGAACUUGUAGAAGGCAAUCAAAAUUGUGGAUGAUCUUUACUUACUUUUUCUAACAUAACUUUUACAUGCAAACACUAUUUGUUUUUUCUGUAAAUGUCAUGACAUGAUUUAGUUGAAAUGUUUAUAACUGGGUUAAGUUACGCCAUCAGUGUUCACAGCAAAUACAUGAUACGAUUUUGUUUGUUUUGUUUUCAAAAUGAUAUCUCAGUGUGUUACACAAUUGAAAUGAAUAACUUGGUUGCUUGGCUGUAUAUUCUUGCAACACAAUAUUUAUUGCAGUUUUGAUAAAAAGUCUGAAAGUAAAUUUAAUAUUGUAAUUCAUUAUAAGUUAGCCAGAGACCACCAAAAGUAAGAGUAUUAUGUAUUGAAAAUAUAUUUUGAAUAUGUUUAUGUAAAGAAUUUCGACCUGGACAAUUCUUUUUUAAUGUUCUUAAUGUUUUAAAGUUACUUGGCUUUAAUUGUUUAUUAUGUCAUUGCUAUAAUUCUUAAUGGUGUCAUGGCUAUAAUUGUUAAAGGUGUCAUGGCUAUAAUUGUUAAAGGUGUCAUGGCUAUAAUUGUUAAAGGUGUCAUGGCUAUAAUUGUUAAAGGUGUCAUGGCUAUAAUUGUUAAUGUUGUCCAUAUUAUGACAAUACGCAUAUCAGUUAUGAAAUGUUUAAUGUUAAAAAUUAAUGUCUCAAUCAAAAUUAUUUAAUUUAUAUAUGAGGCCAAAUCAUUUUCUAUGUAGAAUACUUACAAUGAUUAAAAAAAUGACCAAAUGAUUUAGAUUUUAAACCAAAUGCUGCAUACAUCUAAACAUUGUUGACAACAACAGGUACUGUUACAAUACACUUUAUUCGUAACAAAGCACAACGCAGCAGAGACCGGCGAUGACUUUAAAAGCAAGUUUUAUUGCUUUAUUUAUAUAAUGCAUCCUUUUUAAACAUUUACAGCAUAAAGAUGUGUUUUGUAAUUGUGAUAAUAUUGUUUAAUUUAAUCUAGUAAAUUGUAUUGUUAUUGUUUGCCUUUGUAAGUCUAUGGGCCGAUUGUUCAGAACUGUUAAAGUUAACAUCUCUUUACUGUGCUGGAUACACUUGUGAUCUACUAAAUUUCUAACAAUUUUAUAAACAACUGUUUCACCUGUGCUUGUUUAUAUUUAAAUAUUUGAGCACAUCAUUCAAAAGUUCACGUUUGAAAGUUAAUAGUAAAAAUGUUCGGAACUAUGGGCUGUAUAAGAUAAUAUGUUGUUUAUAUUAAUGGAACCUGUUAUCUGUUUUGAAUAAGGUUGUUAAUGCCAAAUAUAAAUAAAUGUUUAGAAUAUUGUAUAGAACAGAAUUGAUGUUACACAAUGAUACUACUAAAAUUCUUCUUGGAUUUUUUAUGCAUGAAGAAAUCUUUUAUGAAAUGAACUAGGCUUGUCAGAAUAUUUGAUUAACCAAAUGCCAUACAUGUUUGUAUGUUUAAAUCAUCUUGUUUAACAAUACAUGCCGUAUUUCUGAGAGGCUUCCCAGGGGAUUUUGGUCUGAAUUCCAGGGGAUUUUUAUAUUACACCAGGGGAUUUUUUCGCGACAAAAAUUUGCACAAUAUGUGCAUUUAUAAUAUAAGAAUAAAUACAGAAAUACACUCAAAUUACAAUAAUUUUUGGACUUAGUCAUCAUGGUCCUUCAUGGAAUUUCACACUCAUAAUAUUAUUGAUGCUUUCCAUUGUCAACCUUAAGCAAGUUUUGAAAACAAAAAAAAUAAUUUGUUUUUAAAUUCCAGGGGAUAAGAAUCCCCCGGCAGGGGAUGGGUCGAAAUUC